AUGGCCAAUGCCACUGUCCCCGAGUCGCAGCCGCAGGUGCAAGCGGCGCCGGGUGGCCGCAAGGUGGUGGACGAGGUGUCCGGUUGGCUGCGCGUGCUGGACGACGGCAGCGUCGACCGCACAUGGACCGGCCCACCCGAGGUCCUCCCGAUGAUGCAGCCCGUGGCGCCGUACGCCGUGCCCCGCGACGGGCACACGCUGCACGACCUCCCUGGGGAGCCCAGUUUCCGGAUCUACCUCCCCGAGGUCGACGUCGGCGACCGCGAGGGCGGGCGCCUGCCCGUCAUCGUGCACCUCCACGGCGGUGGCUUCUGCUUCUCCCACCCGUCCUGGGUCAUGUACCACCACUUCUACUCGCGUCUCGCGUGCGCCGUCCCCGCCGUGGUCAUCUCCGUCGAGCUCCCGCUCGCGCCCGAGCGCCGCCUGCCUGCGCACAUCGACACGGGCGUCGCCGCGCUCCGCCGGCUCCGCUCCAUCGCGCUGUCAGAGGACGGAGCUCUUGAUGACAGGGCAGCUAAGCUCCUCCGUGAGGCCGCUGACGUCUCCCGGGUGUUCCUCGUCGGCGACAGCUCUGGCGCUAACAUCAGCCACUUCGCCGCCGCGCGUGUAGGCCAGGACGGCGCUGGCAUCUGGGCGCCCCUGCGCGUCGCCGGUUGCGUUCUGAUCCAACCAGGAUUCAUGCGCGCAACAAGGAGCCGGUCGGAGCUGGAGGUGGGGGACUCGGUGUUCUUCACGCUGGACAUGCUGGACAAGUGCAACGCCAUGGCGCUGCCGGUUGGCGCCACCAAGGAGCACCCCUUCACGUGCCCCAUGGGUCCUCAGGCGCCGCCCCUGGAGUCCGUGCCGCUCCCGGCGAUGCUGGUGGCCGUCGCCGAGAACGACCUGGUCCGCGACACAAACCUCGAGUACUGCGACGCGCUGCGUGCCGCCGGUAAGGAGGUGGAGCUGCUGCUCAACCGUGGCAUGGGCCAUGCAUUCUACCUCAACAAGUUCGCCGUUGACAUGGACCCCAGCACAGGAGAGCGGACGCAGGAGCUGAUUGACGCCAUCGUGAGCUUCAUCGCUUGCCACUGA